AAUUUGUUUUUUCCUUGUUUUCCAAUCGGUCAAUUGUGCAUGGCUUGUGAUUUGAAAAUGAUGUCAUUACCACCAUCAAAGCGGACAUUUAUUCUGGGCAUUUCAAUCAUGGGGAUGAUAAUCAUGAUGCAAACAAUGACAACCAAUGCAACCAAUGCAACAUCAAUUGAUAAAAUCUGUGAAAGUUUACAGAAAAAUGAUACUGACAAUCCGAAUAUAUUGCUGAUUGGAAGAACAUCGAGCGGACGAAUAUUGUUGAUAACAAAGGAUUUCUAUGUAUAUGAUGUAUCGAUUGGUUCGCCAAGUAUUAAUCAAGUAAAUCUUCCAAUGCCAAUAUCAAUGGAGAAAAAAUAUCCAAAAUUCUAUAGUGACAAACGAUUUGUAGCAGUCAAGGAUAAUAUAUUCAAUGCAUGGAUCGUAAACGAUAAAAGUGGCGAUUGGAUUUGCAUUAAUACUCGAAACGAUACUGGCAAAUUGGGUGUCAAUUACAAUAUCGAUGACUCUCAAGUGAUUGAUGGAUGGAGAUAUUUUGACCAACCAAAGCAAGUAUACAUAUCAACGGUAGCACCAUGCAAAUUCUAUUGCAUAAGGCACAGUACUUUGGAUAAGGGACUUUUGAUUCAAAAAUAUGGUUGCUUGGCUAGUGGUGGUGUUCGGGAUCAUAAAGCUGGCCUAGGUCCCAUCGAUGAUCAAUUCGCCAACAUUUGUUAUUCCGAUCAAAGCAAAACCAAAAUAUUAAUUGAAACCAGUCCAAACUGCAGUUCGAAAUAUCCAGUCAAAUGGCCGGUGCUCAAUGGAUUUGUUAGCAAUGGGCAAUUCUAUUUAUUCUGUGGAUCAUUCAUCUAUACAUUUGAUGAAGGAGCAUAUAAUCAUCAAGGAUUUGGAUACCCAGUCACUAAUAAUAGUUAUAAAUCAUUCUUCAAUUGUAAAAAUAUGGGUCCAUUUGAUCAAGGAAUUUCCACUGCAUAUGUGCAGUGGAUUAUUAUGCCAAGUGUAGUGUUAAUAGUGGUAUUAUCCAUAAUGAUUUGGUUUAUAGUGAUCAUUUGUCGUCGUUGUCGACAACCAAGUCGGCGAUCGAGAAGGAGUUCAACAUAUAGUGCAUUCAAAUCCAGUUCACGUAAAAGUGGUUCGAAAAGUAAAAGGAAGUCUCGCAGUCGCAGUCAUGGCCAUCGAUCGCCACGAUCGCCCGCACGUAGUAAACGUCAUAGUAAUAGCAGCCCUAAACCGAAUCGAUCGAAACGAUUAUCGGUACGAAUACGAAGCCCCGGUAAUCGUGGUCAUCAUCGUUGACCGUGUUGACGUUUUCAUUUUAUAUCCAAAUCCCAUUCAAUAAAAUAUACAAAACUAA